UUGCGUUGCAUUGGAUCUUUCCCCGAGUCACCAAUACAUACACACGAACAGAAAACGCACUCUCUCUCUUUCUCGUUUCAGGCAGCAGAGCUACUACGUCUCUGAUCUGAGUCAGUGAACAAAUCUCCAUGGCGUUCUCAGUACAAGCAGGCACCACCGCCUUUCUAUCAACCCCCAAACUCAUUCCAUCCACAAAUGCCACUCUCUCUCAUCAUCCUUUCAGAUCUCUCUCUCCCCUCUCUUCCUCCUCUCUUCCCCCCAAUCUCUCCUCCUCUCAUAACCCCUCUUCUCUCGCCGUCAAAGCUUCUUCUGCUUCUCCUUCUCCUUCCGCCACAGUAACCGACUCUCAAGGCAUCAAGAUUAAAUCAGUUCCAACAAAGCCAAUCGAAGGCCAAAAGACUGGAACGAGUGGUCUUCGAAAGAAGGUUAAAGUGUUUAUGGAAGAAAACUACCUUGCCAAUUGGAUUCAGGCAUUGUUUAAUUCCUUGCCUCCCGAGGAUUACAAUAAUGGGUUGUUGGUGUUAGGAGGUGAUGGUCGAUAUUUUAACCGAGAAGCUGCCCAGAUAAUAAUUAAAAUUGCAGCGGGAAAUGGAGUCGGCAAAAUAUUUGUUGGCAAGAUCGAAUGUCCAAGCAGCAGAUUGGGACUAGUCGUAAAGUUGGAGACUUCUAUGUGGUGGAGAGCCUACGACUAUCUCUUCGACUGCUUUUUCCUCUUUUUGAUGGAAUCUCAUUGUUGCAGAGAAGGUAUUAUGUCCACACCGGCUGUUUCUGCUGUGAUACGGAAGAGAAAGGCCAAUGGUGGUUUCAUAAUGAGUGCAAGUCAUAAUCCUGGUGGGCCAGAAUAUGAUUGGGGUAUCAAGUUUAACUACAGCAGUGGGCAACCGGCACCUGAAUCCAUCACUGACAAGAUUUAUGGAAACACACUUUCUAUAUCUGAAAUUAAGAUGGCAGAAAUCCCCGAUGUUGACCUCUCUUGUGUAGGAGUUACAAAAUAUGGAAACUUUAUUGUUGAAGUAGUUGAUCCAGUUUUCGACUACUUGGAGCUGAUGGAGAAUGUAUUUGAUUUUUCACUUAUCAGAAGUCUUGUUUCACGGUCAGAUUUCAGGUUUAUAUUUGAUGCGAUGCAUGCAGUUACGGGUGCUUACGCAAAACCCAUCUUUGUGGACAAGCUAGGAGCCAGUCCAGAAUCCAUUUCAAAUGGAGUGCCUCUUGAAGAUUUUGGGCAUGGUCAUCCAGAUCCAAAUCUCACUUAUGCCAAGGAUUUGGUUGACAUUAUGUAUGGAGAGAAUGGACCUGAUUUGGGAGCUGCAAGUGAUGGUGAUGGUGACAGAAACAUGAUUCUUGGUCAUGCAUUUUUUGUCACUCCUUCAGAUUCUGUUGCAAUUAUUGCAGCCAAUGCUCAAGAAGAUAUUCCAUACUUCCGGAGUGGCCCUAAAGGUUUAGCUCGAUCAAUGCCAACAAGUGGUGCUCUUGAUCGUGUUGCUCAGAAGUUAAAUCUUCCUUUUUUUGAGGUCCCUACCGGUUGGAAAUUCUUUGGGAAUCUUAUGGAUGCUGGAAAUUUGUCAAUUUGUGGUGAAGAAAGUUUUGGAACAGGCUCUGACCACAUUCGUGAGAAGGAUGGGAUAUGGGCUGUGUUGGCUUGGCUUUCAAUAAUUGCAUAUCGAAACAAGGACAAAAAACCUGGGGAGAAAUUGGUGUCCGUCUCUGAUGUUGUAAAGGAGCACUGGGCCUCUUAUGGAAGAAACUUCUUUUCCAGAUAUGAUUAUGAAGAAUGUGAAUCUGAAGGAGCGAACAAAAUGAUAGAUUAUCUUAGAGAUUUGGUUUCUAAGAGCAAGCCAGGUGAUAAGUAUGGAUGUUAUGUCCUUCAAUUUGCAGAUGACUUCGCAUAUACUGAUCCUGUAGACGGAAGUGUGGCAUCGAAGCAAGGUGUUCGGUUUGUUUUCAGUGAUGGAUCAAGGAUAAUAUUUCGUUUAUCAGGAACUGGUUCAGCUGGUGCUACUGUUAGAAUGUACAUUGAACAGUUUGAGCCUGAUGUCUCUAAACACGACAUGGAUGCCCAAACUGCGCUAAAACCAUUAAUAGAUCUGGCACUGUCUCUAUCAAAGCUGAAGGACUUCACUGGAAGGGAGAAGCCUACAGUUAUCACAUAAAUUUGAGUGUCUGAUGUUAAUCUCACACAAUGAGGCUUCAUUAGUAAUAAUGUGAAAGCAGGUUGGGCAUCCCAUCUUUUGUCCUGCAUGUUUCUCAUAUUUAUAUGAUGGGACUUAAGGCUUGGUUUGGUUUGGUUUGGUUUCUUAUGUUUAUAUAUUUUUUCGUUUGGUGUAGAUUGCAUAAUAUGCAGUCGCUCACAGGAUGAUAGGUCACACCAUGUAAAAUAUAUGUAAUCUAUAUUUGGAAAAUAAAAUUUUCAUGUCUUCAUAAUAAUUUUGAUGCUAUUUCUCUUGUUGUGUAGUA